GGAGGUACGUACGUAAGUGACGUUCGAAAACUCAAUGGUAGCUAGUUUGCAGGUAGGGUGGGUCUGUUGUUCAGUUUGGCGGACGGACAAAUUCUAAUAGCCCCUACUUUCUUAGUAAAUAAUCCAUAAAUCAAUGCCCGAAACAGUCAAGACCCGGACACCUGCCCAGACGCGAUCACGUGAUGCGGCUUGUAGAUGCGCAUGCGCCAAGGUUUUUGGAAUGGCGGAGUGGAUAUUGGCUUGAGAAAUUGUACUUGUAGUGUAAAUAACAAUAGUUUGAGUCACACUGAUAGGCGAGUCUAUACUAGGGACAAUUAUUCAAAUCUAUUUGAGUAAAGUAUUGUUUUAGAUAAGUUGUGAAGGAAAGAAGAUAUUUAAAGAUGGCUGAUGAAGAUAUUGUAAUGACACCUUCCAAGAAAGGUAAAGCUACCCACAUAAAGAUAGAAAGAAAGAAAAAGUUGAAUUUAGAUGAAAGUUCUGUUGUACAUGAAGGAGCUGGACAGAAUAAAGGAUUAGUUAUAAAUAAACAAGAACAAGCUGAUGCUGAUGACCUCUCUAAACCUCAGUUACAGUUGGGAUUUAUGUGUUUCCUUGUUGAUGGAAAAACAGGAAAACAUUUUGUGGAAAGUCGUCGAUUAAAGUUCUGGUAUGCAGACGGUACAGAUUAUUAUAAUCAAGUAUCAACGGCUUACGAUUUCUUUAAAGAAUUAGUUCGACCAGAAAACUUUCCUAAAGAUUACGUGGGGUUUAUAAAGAAAUGUAUGAAACAGAUGCAAGGUGACAAAUAUCAAUUAGCGGUUAAGGUUGAUCUAGAAAUAAUGAAAUUAGAUGAUAAAGAUGCCCCACAGAGUCCAGGUAUGGAUGGUUUAUUCGGGUCAAGUUUCAACAAAGAAGAUUUAAGACCUCAAUCAGAGAUUGUACGAGAAAAAUUAUUACAUAUUUUAGAAUCUGCAUAUCCUAAUGUUUUAGCUGUAGAGGAUUUAAUCAGAAUAACAGCAUCAGAUGAACAUAUUGUAACAGCUCAGCUUGAAGAACUUAAAACACGAGAAUUAGUACGAACAUUAGAAAAUGGUGGCGUUGUUCGUCAAGUACUUGAUGAAAAGACGGGAAAAACUGAGGUAGAGGUAGUGAAGAAUAUGCCUAUGAUGGCGACUAGUGAUCAACCUACGAUAGCCAUUAUUACAGCAUUAUAUUGUGAGAAACUAGCCAUCGACUCCAUGAUGGAAAAUAAAAGAACAUAUGUUAAAUAUAAAACUGAAGGUGAAUCUAAUGUGUAUACUCUUGGAUAUAUUGGUGGUCAUAAAAUUGUAUCAACUAAGUUACCCGCUAUAGGUCAUGUUCGAGCUGCUCAAAUAUCCUCUGGUAAUUCUACAACCAGAUUGUUAGGUGGAUUUCAGAAUAUCGAGCAUGUAUUUAUAGUGGGCGUGGCUGGUGGAGUUCCUCACUAUACAGAUUACUAUAAACAUGUCCGUCUGGGUGAUGUUAUCCUCUCAAGACAAGACGACAGAGGCUACAUCUACUACUACUGCGACAAAAUCCUGAAAAAUAAACAAGGUGACGUUCAUUAUAAUCUGAAAACGUGGGCGCCCCGAGACCUGGAACUCCAGAAAAUAACGGAGAAGAUUGAGCAAGCUCAGAGAUCCAACCCGAACCUGGCAUCAUGGGAACGUUACAUGUUGGAAGGCGAACAGGUUCUUCAAGGUCAAGAAACGAACUUCGAGCGUCCUCCAGAUAACACUGAUCGUCUUUACAUGGAUCUCGGCGAGGAUCAGGUCAUCGAGGUUCAACAUCCAUUCCCACCAGAGGGAGCUGUUGUCCGAGAGGGAAUGCCUCGACUUCACUAUGGAGUAUUUGGUGCCGGAAGUCGUGUAGUUAGAUCCGAUGCCACGAGAUUAGAUUUCGCAUCGCGAUACAACAUCUCCGCAUUCGAUACAGAAUUCGAUCAAGUUUUAGAAUCUAUUGUUGGUAAUAGGAAGGACAGUUUUAUGAUAAUUCGUGGAGUUGCUGAUUAUUCCGAUGGAUCUAAAAAUAAAAAAUGGCAGUCGUACGCGGCUUUAGCUGCUGCCACGGUUACCAAGACAGUUAUCAAAUCUAUCGGUAAAUCCCGAAUAGAUCAGUAAUCACGAAUACAAUCAACUUUUAUACUCAAUAUUUAAACCAUUACAUCUUCAAGUGAGUUCAUAUACAACAUUAUCAGGAAUAAAUAUUGGUGUUCUUUAUACUAGAUUCAUUCUAAAUUGUCUCCAUCAGCUUUACCAUAAAUUGUAAUUUUGCUCGUUCUACUAAAUGAAGGUAUAUUUGUUAAAAUAAAACCCCAAUGCAUCUUGAGUAAUCCCUUUAAAACAAUCCCUUUGAUUGGAUUCUGGAGCGGCAAGCCUCUGAUCGUGAUAUGAUUCCAUAAAACAAGUACAAUAUCGUGAAAGUUGAACCUCUAAAAGGUACAUCAACCCAAAACUGGUUCAAUUCUGUUCAUUAUUUACAAAGAUAUAAUGAACUAAUAUUCCAUCGAUCUAUGCAAAAUACGGUCAUCUUUAUGUUUUGCAAAAUCUAAUUGAUAGUCCUGUUUUUGUUCUGAUUGAAUCCAGUCCAGGAGAUUGUCGAAUAUUGGGGGUUUGUUUGGCUGAAAGGUUAGCAUGUGUGCGCUGUAUUAUAAGGUCUGUCAUUGAGUCAACUGGCAGGGUUCCAAUUCCCCGGUUGGACGUGACAAGGAGUAAAUCUCAGGGUUCCAAUUCCCCGGUCGUACAUCUCUUCAUGAAUAUUGCCCAUCCAACAUAAUGAAGGUAUUUCAAUUGUAAAAGUCGGAAAAUCAUUUGAUUUGUAAAAAGGGAAAAUUUGUGAUUUAGCAAAAGAGAGAUGGCUAAGCUUGGGAUUUUGUAUAACUGAAUAAAUUAUCAUUAUUUGUCUAGAAAGAGAAAAUUCAUAAUUUGUAUCUAAUCUGUUGGAGACAAUUUUUUUUUACAAGACUGUAGCUGAUUUUUUUAACUUGCAUUAGACAUUUAUAAUAAAUAGAAGCUAUAUAUUGUGACUAACGUUAUUAAGGUAUAAAUAAUCUUUAAGCCAGAUUACAUGUAACCCGUGAUGGCAGAAUGAGAGAAAAUAAAAUGUGAAAAUAGGUUAAGAAUAUCUUUUAAUGAUAUAACAUGAACAAUUUAGUUUUGACAAAGAAAUCAAACUAAAUUACUCUCUUUAAGAUAACCUAGGAAAUAGAAACUUAUGGAUUGAUUCCUGUAUUCACAACUGAUUAGAAAUAAUAUAUGGAUAUAAAACAGACAUGACAGGGAUAAUUGAUUGUAAGUUUCUCCACAUUCUGAACAUGUGAUCCAGAAUCCAAUUCUGUCAGUCCCAUUUAACAGAUGUUGAGUAGACUCUGAAGUAAAACACAGCGAACAUGUCUCUCAUGUUGUGAUUGGUUGUUCUUUUUCAUAUUCGAUAGGUGCAUGUUCGUUGCUCGAUACUCUUGCAUUUACCAGAUUUUCAGCGUUCAUGGGACAGAGAGAAUUUGGUCAAGUAUCGACAAUGUAACAUUGUGACGCUAUUAUCCUAAUGUCAUAUCAGGUUGAUUAAGAUUAAUGAAAAAAUUUAUUGAAAUAUUGAAAGAAGAAUCAUGAAUUGUUUUUUUUUUGUUAGAAUGAAAGAAGAUGACUUUGUUAUAUUUUUAUGAAUUAUUUUUUCACAAUUAAAUGAUUAGAAAUGGUUGUUGAUUUUUCUGUUAGAUUAUAUUUUGUUAAAAAGAUGAAAGAGAAUCUUGUUCAUUUCUAGAACUACAUGUUAUAAACCUUAUUUUGAUCCUUAAAAAAAACAUAGAUUUUGUUUGAAUUAAAACAAAGAUUAUAUUAAAGACUUGAUGCAUCAUUUAGCGCUAUCGGAAUCCCCUGUAAACUACAAUAUUGUUAGAGUUGAAUCUCUAAUAGGAAUAUCAAUCUAAAAAUGGUUCAAUCCAGUACUUACAAAGUUAUAAUAAAUUGAAAUUUCAUCGAUCUAUGCUUCUUGAGCGUAACAAGACACCGCUAUCUUUUGUUGGUAGCGAAGAAAGCUGAUUUUGUUUUCUUAAACCUAUGUUAAAUCGAUCCAAGUGCAUAUUAAACGAGGAAAUUUGAUAUUUUUGGCGAAAAUACAAAUGAUGCAUCAAGACUUUAAGAAUAAGUACAAGCUUUGUAUAUAUAUAUAUAUAUUUGUUUAAAAUCUGGCUUCCAAUAUCAAUCAAAAACUUUAGAUUUAAAAUUCUAAGUUUAUUUAUUUUCUAACAUACUGCUUAAUUGUUCCUUGCUAUAUUAUUGUAAUUAGAUAUAAAGUAAAUUGUUUCUUGCUAUAUUAUAAUUAGAUAUAUUGUUGAAUUGAAUUUAUUAUCACUGCAUGCUGAUUUAUUAUAUUUCUAUUUAUGUUGUUAAAUAUACAGGUUAUAUAUACAUUAUACACUACAGCUUGGGUAUCGUUUAGUUCUGCAGUUUUAGCAAGAGUUAAUUAGUCUGUUAAUACAGAAACUCUCACUUGAAUAGCACAACUACACGAUACCCGAGUUGAAGUGAUAGUUGCUUGUUGUUAUAUGUUGACUUUCCUGUACCUUAUAAUCCAAUCCAUUCCUUUAUUACAUUAUAUUAUAACCAAAUACAAACUUUCCCCACAGUCUAUUCAGAUGAAAUUUAAGCUCUUGGAUUAAUAUUUGAUUAAUGCAUGUUGUGUAUAUUUAGGAAAGCUUGAGUUUGCAUCUAAGGAUUUUUUGAAGAACACUUUUAAAAGCCUUACACUGGGAGGUGACUUAAUUUUGAUUCAUGAUAGAAAAAAACCCUUUAUUAUUAAGUUUUUUUAAAAUCAUUUUAUAAAUGGAAUGAACCCAAGUUAUGCUGGGACUUUAUUAUUACACGCACUGAUGACAGAGUCCAUUGACUUCAAACUGAAUACAGCAAGCCACUUAUAUAUUACAUUACAUAUACUAGAAGAUCCCUGCUUAUUGAACCCUGAUUUAAAGGGAACUGAAUGGUACUUUUAUUCCACAUUCCAGUUAUAUAAUGUGCUCAAUUAAAAUAAGACAUUAAAGUCUGAAACAGACAAUACUGAAGUUUUGAAUAUUAGUUCCAAGAACUUGAUGAUUAAUUAUUAUUAGAAUCUUUGAGCUUACAAUUGUUGUAUGAUUAAUAUUAUUGUUACCAUGUGCUUGCAUAUGGAGAUAAAAAAAAUAUAGGAAGCGCAGUUGGUCCCAUUAUUGUAACCAAUAGUAACCACAGUUCUGUUGUUGUAUUUGUGAAAAUACUAGUAUAACCACAGGCCUCUGUAACGUGGAAAAUCUCUUUCAAAAAUAACAUUAAGCUGUGACUAAGUAUAAUGUCUUAUUACGUUCAUGUUCAAGUGAGAAUAGAGAGGUUUUGCAACUUAACUGUUACACUCACAUUUAUAUUUAGAUAAGUGUAAGUGGAAACUGUACAUAAUGACGUUUCGCUAAAUUCACACUUACAGUUACACAUAGUAGGUGGAAACACAAACUUGGUCCACUAUCUUGAUAGGUGUUCAUCACAGAUAGAUUGUUAAAGAUGAGAUUAGUAAAGCACGCACAUGAUUUGUCUCAACCUCUUCUUGUUUUAUCUUCUCUGUGGAUUUAGUUCAUGAAAACCACAAUUCAGAGAAAAUUUAUGGACUAGAUUAUAGAAAUUAAACAAGGUUUAGCUACGUGUUUUGAACAUACAGUUAGGGAGGCUGCUAUCUGUCGGACACACUUUUAUGAUGUGCGCUUCACGUCAUACGUCACAAAAACUGAUCAUGUUUAAUCGUCUAAGCAUAAGUGUAAAUGUAAAGUUGCGAAACCUCUCUAUUAUCAAAUUCAGGCACCUGUGGUCUAACCAGAUAACUAUGUUAUUUACUGAAGCAUAUACUUCUAAAUGGCCUAGAAAUAUUAUUACAGAAUAGAAUUGUUAUUUGCCGGAAAUGAGCCUCGAUUUGGCUAACCUGGACUAACAGGCAAAGAAAUUGACUGGCGAGUGAAAUUACUUGUCAUUCAAUUUAAAUGCCAUAAAUUAGAUACUUCAAAUAAUUUAACCUUAAAAUACAAUAUAUACGGUUAAAUUGAUCGUUUUAAAGAUUGGCAAUAUCGUAAUAUUUCUACUUAUCUCUUGAUUUUAGGUAAAAUUGUAAAAUGAGGAUCCGAUUUGUAUAUUCUGCUUUUACUGUAAUUAACAUUUAUAUAUCUAUGCAUUUUUUAUACUGAAUAUAUAGGUAUCUUACUAUUAAUCGAAGACGCCGUAUUUAUACUAAAUAUAAUUAUUUAUAAUUCCUGAUUUUUAAUUUGAUAAAUGAUGCUUUUUGAAAUGUCCAAUUUCAUGUCUUUGUUACGACGACGUGUCUUGAUAAGUGAUAUGGCUUGUACGUAAUGCUCCUUCCUUUGAGAGGAACCAUUCAUUUUUAGUUGAAUUUCACCGUUGCCUAUACAAACUGAAAUGGUGUUGAACAUCCUACUGUUCAUCGCCAACAGUGCAUAGCCUAAACAAGUGAUAUGACUUGUACGUAAUGCUCUAUACUUUAUUAGGACCCGUUUCUAGUUUAAUUUCCCCAUCCAUACACAUGUAAUGUGGAAUGCUCCAUCCUUUAUGAGGACAUGUUUCUAGUUCAACUUGUAGCCUGUACAUGUGUUGUAGCUUGUACCUAAUUCUCCAUCCUUUAUGAGGACAGAUUUUUAAUUUCACCAUCCAUACACAAGUGAUGUGGAAUGUUCCAUCCUUUAUGAAAAUAUGAAAACAUGUUUCUAGUUUUACUUGUAGCCUGUACAAGAGGCAAUUCUCCAUCCCAAAUAUCUCUUCUAUCUCGACAGACAGAUAAUAAAAAAAACAAAUUUCAAAAAUUUAAUUUCGUGGGGGGGAAAAACCUAACACCAAAUGCGUUUCCCAUUCUUCGUAUAUUGUGGUAUGGGUCAUCCUGAGAUUAGCUAUUACAGUAAUAUCCCAGAAUGGUUAGAGCGUGCGCAUUGUAUCAUAAGGUCUGUCAUUGAGUCAACUGGCGCUGUUUCGAUUCUACAGUUGUAUGUGACAAGGAUUAGGGUCGCCUGUCCAACCUCGUGGGUUUUCUCUGGUUUCCUCCCACUGCUAAAGAUCCCUACAAGCAAGCGAAUUAUUGAAAUAAAAUUGAACCAUAGGUUAGUCCCAAAAUGACCUAAUUUUUGUCGAAUGGACGUUAAACCCCAUUUCUCUCUCUCUCCCCGCUAUUAAAAUAAUAUCUGAGACCACUCUUUGCCGUUCUAUUUUAUUGUGACAUUGUGACGAGACUAGAAUUAAACAUGUGAAGCAAGUGUACCAUGUAUGAUAUCUGCUUACAGUUAAUCUGUCCAUUAACUUCUCCAACAGGGUUGACAAUCUUCCAGCCAUAUUGUAUUUUAGUUACCAUAGUUACACUGUAAUAUAUUGCACUUUUAAUUUAAUAAUGAAUGAAAUUUAUUUUUGCUUGCCAAUAUUACAACAGUAUUUACCUGCACAGACAAUUUAAUUACACACCUUUGUCAUACUGUCAUUCAAAAUGACAAGUUUUUCUUCUGAUUAUUAUGCUAAUUAGACACGAUGUUGCCGUGCAGAGGUUUGGUUAUGCCCAGGGGGGCCAACUUCUUGAUUAUAUGUACCGAAGAUUUCAAGUACUCUGAAGACACUUUAAAUAUGUCUUAACAGAUGAAAUAAACUUUGAAUUAAGUAGAGAUGUCAAUGUUGUAGAGAAAUAGGUAAAUACUGACUGUUGGAACAAGAUUAUUACUAGUGAGAUGUUAAUAGCCUACCUGACAGUGGAGGAGGCUCAUUUUUUCAUUCGUUCAUGAGACUCAAUGAUAGAAAAUUACUAUAGGUACAAGGUUAUCACCAGUGAGUUGCUGAUAGCCUACCCGACAGUGGAAGAGGCUCUUACUAUAGGUAGAAGAUUAUCACUAGUGGGUUGUUGAUAGCCUACCUGACAGUGGAAAAGGCUCAACGAUAGACACUUACUAUAGGUACAAGAUUAUCACCAGUGGGUUGACAGUGGAAGAAGUUUGUUUAAUCUUGUUAAACAUCCGCUUCCCACUGAGAUUUGUAAAUAGUUCAUAUAUCAGUUCCUGUAAAUCUGUAAAUAUGCACACUGCCAUUAUAGAUUAUAGAUUUAACUUUUAACAAAGAAUUUAAUAGAGUAGAAGCGUUGUAGAAUCUAGUUUAUGUAGUUUGAUCAUUACUGGCACAAUCUCACUUCCGCCCCACCCCUCCUCCAUUUCUUGCUUCUUUAAAAUAAAACUAUUAUUGAUUAACAAUGCAGUGUAAUUGAUAUGCUAAACAAGUACCACUGUACCAUGGGCCAGGAAUUGAAUCUUGAUAUCAUCGCAUCCAUCUUGGAAUUUUGACAUACAUAAAAUCGAAGCAUGUCGAUCAAUGCGCAAUUGUCAAAGGAACAAGCCAUCUUGGAAUUGUGACGUACAAAAAAUCGAAGCAUGUCGAUCAAUGCGCAAUUUCGGAGGAACAAACGUGCCAAGUUUCAUGUUGAUCGUACAUGUUUUGGCGGAGCCUUAGUCGUUAUUGGUAGAGCAUCGCCCCCAAUAACAACAAGACCAAGAUGAGUGGUUCUUUGGUUCCAGUUCCUGGUCCAGAACCUAAUCAUAUAAACCUUUUCUUACGUUGUAUUUUGUAGAUUAUAAAACCCGAGAAUUAUAUACUGUAAUAUUUUAUACCGUUGAUUAUAUAAUUCCCUGGUUUCAGUUAUAACGGCCUUAGAUUUAAAAACCAUUUGUGCAUUAAUUAUUUAUUUUAUUUACCAAUGAAUUAACCAUUAUUAUACAGUGUCAGCUUUAUACUAUAUCUAUUUAAUAUUAAUUCAUAUCAUCUGUUUGUGUAAAUGUUUGCAAUAUUGUACUUUCAAAAUUGGUUUACUGGUUUUAAGGGGGGCUGGUCGAUAUGGAGUCGAAGCAGUGACUAUGACGAUGAUUUUCUCGAACUCCAUGGUGGGGGGUUGGGUGGCCAAAUGGUCAACGUGUGAACUUUAGACCAUAAGGUCUGUAAUUGAGUCAAUGACAGAUCCUAUGUGAUCUAAAGCAUACACAUCAGACCGCCCAGUCAUCCUUUUGUAUUUUAUAUGAUCUAUGUUUAAUAUUAAACUUCUACCAUUCCUUUACCUAAUGCUCUAUUUAUUUCCUGUUGAAUAUUUAUAUCCUGGUGUAUAUCAGUUAUACACUGGUGUAUAUCAGUUAUAUACUGGUGUUUAUCAGAUAUAGACUGGUGUAUAUCAGUUAUACACUGGUGUUUAUCAGUUAUACACUGGUGUUUAUAUACUGGUGUUUAUCAGUUAUAUACUGGUGUAUUUCAGUUAUACACUGGUGUUUAUCAGUUAUAUACUGGUGUUUAUCAGUUAUAUACUGGUGUAUAUCAGUUAUAUACCGGUGUAUAUCAGUUAUACACUGGUGUAUAUUAGUUAUAAACCGGUGUAUAUUAGUUAUGUACUGUUUAUAUCAGUUAUAUACUAGUGUAUAAUAGUUAUAUACUGGUGUAUAUUGGUUAUAUACUAGCAGAUUUUGAUUAUUUUAUUUAUCAUUGAUUAAUUUCAAACAAAAUGAAGUUGAAUGCUUCAGAAACAAUUUUGUGCAUUUUGCCUGGACAGCUGAAUUUCAAACUGACGAUGGACACUUUUUCUAAUUCCAUAUGUCACAAGUGUGUGACUUUGUGACAUAAUCAAUAUUAAAGAUAGGAGGUUUUACAACAUCAAGAAACAAUCCUUAAAUAGAAAGGAUGAUUUAAGGGAAGUGCAUAAUGUAUUUAAUAAUGAUAAGGGUUAUUUAUGAAAUUUUUACAUCACAUCACAAGAGUAACACAAUGUUUUGAAUGUUUUAUAGUUCAUUGUUCUGUCGACUUUUAAAUGGAAUAACUGAUGAUGCUUAAUUUUGAUAAGAAUUAGAAAUAUGCUUUUAUAUAUAUAUUUAGGUCUAUUAAUAACAUGUUCAUGACAAGUGUAUCGUAUCCUACAUGAUUAAGCUCAAUAUUUAUUACAUCGCGGCUUGCUCCUGUCUAUGCUUGAAGUUGCGGAUCCAGAUAAAGGUCUUGACCUCCCUAAAUAACAGUAUAUUAAAUUCACUAUUAUUCUGUUUCGUUGAAACGUGUAAAGUGGAGUUUUUUGUAGAUUGCAGUAUUGUCAGAUUUCAGUAGUCAGAUUGUAGUAUUGUCCGUUUGAAGUAUAGUCAGAUUGCAGUAUAGUCAGAUUGCAGUAUUGUCAGAUUGCAGCUGAUGAAAUUGAAUGUUAUAUAUUCGGGUACAGAUAUGCACCACAAAUAACCACUGACAACCUGAAUUUUCUAAAUUUUGUGCAAGGAGGCUUCCAAUCUGCAUCUGUCACUGUACACUCGCUGCAAGGUGUUCCAGCGAGGUUUGCCUAUUCACAGACUUGAUUACCCUUAGUAAACAAGUGAACCCAUGUAAUAUUUAUACUUCUUAAUCUGGACCAAGGAGAAAGCCAUGGUGUGGAAUAUUUAUAUCUAGGUACUUUAUAUUUUGUAAUCGUUAAUGUCAUUAACUAACAAUAAAACUCAAUGCAUCAAAUGUGCUUUCUAACCAUGAUUUUAUUUUAUAUUAGUUAUGUUCGGUGCUUUGUGUUUUCACAGAUAAAUGUUUGUGUUUAUUUUCUCCUUGUUUCAUCUGUAGAAAUAAAAUAUUCAUCUCUUGAUAAUCAA